AUGUUCAAGGCGGAUGCUGAAGACACUUCGAAGAGCAUCUUGAAAUGGCUAAAACUUUUGCGAGUUGCUCGAUCAGGAGAGCCGUGGAGUUGCUUGUUCACGCGGGAGUUGAAGCGAACGCCGGGAUCACCAGUAGCAACAGCAGCAGGUUGGCUCUCGGACGAUACAGCGCACGGGUCAGUGGUCAGCAGUUGUGUAGCUGGAGAACCAGGCUCAUUGGUCAAAGCAGCUGAAGGGGAUCUCAGUUGGAGGAUCGAUUAG